GAAGGUCCGGGCCUUUCAGAGAAGGAGCUUCGCAAGGCAGAGGAGCAAUUCCAGGCCUACAAGAUAGAGGGCCAGGGUGAUGUACACCUGGAUCGCCUCUAUGAGCUUCUCACGUCCAUGUUCUACAUGACGAUCGAUGAGGCUGUGAUCAAGAAGCUCGUGAAAGAAAUCACGCCCUUCAGCGCUUUGGAGAAGCAGGAGCUCCUUAGCUUCCUCAGCAAGUACACGCAGUAUGAAACAGACUACAUCAGGAAAGUCUUCCACGAGUUUGACGAGGAUGGCUCCGGGGAGUUGAACACAAACGAAGUGCAGAGGGUACUGGAGGCCAUCGGGUGCUCGCCUUUCCGCGGGAC